CACGCGAGUGUGAUCCAAGCUUUUUUUUAAACUUAUUUUUUUAAUACCAAGUGUGGUGCGAUGUUGCGGUUUUGUGUGUCGUUGGCUGUUCUGGGGUGUGUGUAUGGAAGAGCACAGCAUCAAUAUCAACAACCAGCAGUAGAAGGUAUUCCCCCACAUCUCCUCAGACAGUAUAUCGGCCAACAGCAAGCCCAGCCACAACAGACACAGGUCGUAGCUCGACCAAUCCCCGCGGCUCCUGCCAGACUUCCUUACUCAGUACAGAGCCAAGGGCAAUAUCAGCAGGAGCAACAGUACCAGCAGCCUCAGUACCAGCCGCAGCCGCAGCAGCAGCCCCAGCCCCAGUACAGGCCCCAGUACCAGCAACAACCACAGCAGCAGCAAGUACGUGAACCUCAGGAAGAUUACGAUCCCAAUCCAUCCUACCAGUUUGGUUUCGACGUGAACGAUGACCAGUACACCAACUACCAGAACCGCAAGGAGCAGCGCGAUGGUGACGUCAUCAAGGGCUCGUAUUCCGUCGUUGACAGCGACGGCUUCAUCAGAACUGUCACGUAUACCGCCGACCCUAAGGAGGGUUUUAAAGCUGAGGUUUCCCGUCAACCCACAGACAUCGUGGUGAAGAUCCCUACUCCUAAGCCGCAGCUGUUGCAGCAGCAACCUGCACCUGUCGCCCAUGCGCAGCAAAGACCUCAGCAACAACAGUUACAGCAAGCCCCGCCUCAGUAUUACCGUUACGAACAGUAAAUUCACUACUACCCACCAUUUCUAUAACGUCUUGAAUCAUAUCAUCAAAUGAGAUUCAGAAAAAUAUUCAAUAAAACCAAGCGUUCCUUUAGCUAUUUAAUCGCAAGACUUAUAAAACUAUUUCUUCACGACACAUCCAAUUUCAAUAUUGUCUAGAAAUCAU